AUGGGAAAGAGACAAUUGAUAUUACUAGUAGGAUUACCAUAUGUCGGUAAGUCAUCAAUACACAGAAUAGUUUUUGGAAAAAAAACGCCAGGAGAAACAUCAAAUUUAAAACCAACACUUCAUAUUCAAAAGAUAAAAAUUGAAGGAUUAAGUGGGUUUAUGGAAGUGUGGGAUAUUCCAGGAAGUAUUUUAAUGGAAAUGGAUGAAAAUAUAAUGAGAGAAAUCUUAGAAGAAACGAUUUCAGUUGUGUAUGUUUUUACAUGUCAAACACAAUCAUUUUCAGAACAAAUGAAUUAUAUGUCUGCAUUUAUUGGGUUAGCACAUUCAAUUAAUGAUAAAAUUAUAUUUGAAUUUUUACUUCAUAAAUGGAGUUCAGAAGGAAUUACUGAUGAUAAAAUUAAUAUGAAAACAGAUGUUGAAACACUUGGUAAGAAAGCAUUACUUAAUAAAAAUAUAAAUAUUGAUUUUAAUGUUACAUUAACUUCUAUCUAUGAUAAUUCUUUAUACUCCUUUUUCUCUUCUUUAUUGAAUAUUGUUUACAUCAAAUCUUCUGUUUUUAAUCAAUUAUUAGAAAAUUAUGUUGAAAAAUGUCCAGCAAAUGAUGCAUUUCUUAUUCAUAUUCCAACUCGAUUAUAUAUUGCUUCAACAAAAGAAAGUUCAUCUUCUUAUGGAUUUUGUAAAGAAGCAUUUAACUUUUUUAUUGAUGUUUUUUCAACAUAUUCAUCUGAACAACAAUUGGAAGAAGGUAAAACAAUGAUUCAAUGUGACAAUCAUUCUCAUGUGUAUUUAAAAGUUGUCUCACCUUAUCUUUGUUUAGUGAUGUUACUUGGUGAUACUCAAGAAAGAGAUAUUGGAUUAUAUGAUUACAAUUUCACUAUUUUGCAAAAAGGAAUCCAAGAGUUGCUUGGCUCAAAUUAA